CCGCUGUUCUCGGCCGAGCGAUACCACAUCCUGGAGCAGAAGAUCGUCGACUACAUCGACAGGAAGCGCCGGUGGACGCUGCUGAUUCUGCUGAACGACCACAUUGUGUGUGCCAAGAAAGUGAGCAACGUCAGCAAGUCCAAGGAAACCCAGUAUAAACACCUGUGGUCGUCGUCACUGGCCAAUGUGGUGCUGUCCAAGGGCAGCUCAACUGACAUCCGCUACGACAAAGGUGGGGAAGCACACACACACGUGUGA